AACCCAAGCCCUAAUCCAAUAAAAAAGGUGAAAAAUCCCCAAUCUGAGUAUCACUGUGAGACAGCCAUAGCCAUGAGAGGCAUUCUCCGAAGCACGAAGCUAAUCGGGAACCAGUUCCUCCAUGGAAGGAGAACUGAAUUCACACAAUGGACUGCAAAUCGAUCCUACGGCCUGAUCCCAAUGGUGAUUGAGCACUCUUCCCGAGGCGAACGAGCCUACGACAUCUUCUCUCGCCUUCUCAAGGAGCGCAUCAUCUGCAUCAACGGACCCAUCUCCGACGACACCGCUCAUGUCGUCGUCGCUCAGCUCCUCUUCCUCGAAUCCGAAAACCCUUCCAAACCUAUCAACAUGUAUCUCAAUUCUCCUGGUGGCGCCGUCACUGCAGGGCUUGCAAUUUAUGAUACUAUGCAGUACAUUCGGUCUCCAAUCAAUACGAUCUGUUUAGGCCAAGCUGCGUCCAUGGGUUCUCUCCUAUUGGCUGCGGGUGCCAAGGGUCAGAGGCGUUCCCUUCCCAAUGCUUCUAUCAUGAUUCACCAGCCCUCUGGGGGUUAUAGUGGCCAGGCAAAGGAUAUCGCCAUUCAUACUAAGCAGAUUGUUCGGGUUUGGGAUUUGCUGAAUGAUUUGUACGCCAAGCACACGGGCCAGUCGAUUGAGCUGAUUCAGAAGAAUAUGGACAGGGAUUAUUUCAUGACUCCAGAAGAGGCGAAGGAGUUUGGGCUUAUUGAUGAGGUUAUUGAUCAGAGACCAAUGACUUUGGUAUCUGAUGCCGUUGGUAAUGAAGGCAAAGAUAAAGGUUCGAAUUAGAACUGGAGGGUAAGAUUUCUUUGAGGAAUUCUUGCUGUAUUUAAAUACCAUGCUUGUCACUUUAGGUAUAAGUUGCAGUUGAUAUUACUUUAUCAAUUGGACAUAAUCUUUGUCAAUUUUGGUUGUUAGAUUUGAUCAUUGAACUUCAGUCUUGUGCUCAAUUCGGUUUCAUUGGCAUAUUUUUUUGUCA